AUGCGUGGACGGGAUGGAUUCAUUUAUCGACGAUAUAGUGAGGGACGGUCGACUCGUGAGGAAGAUCGGAUAGCAGCACUUGUACAUAUUUCGCCACAUCCACCAUUUCCUGGAGGACCGUCUGAUAUGUCACUUUUAGUUAGUUAUCAGAACCACGUUGUUCGACAUUUGUGGGGCGGCCAAGAGAGAUCUUCGAAGAAAGAGCUGAAAGUUGUUGCGCAUGGCAGCAAGUUUAUUGGAUGGGUUCCAUAUAGUCCCCCACCAGUGAAUGAGUGA